CUCAGAAGAACUCUCUGGAUUUCUGCCUGAUUUUUACACAGUUUAGUUUAUUACAAACAGAGUUUGAGACGUAGCUUUAAUACAAGAUACUUUCACACGUUAAAAAUAACUUAAAAUUAUUUUUUCAAUCGUAAUCCUGCGUGAUCUGGUUUAUUACUGCGUCGGUUCAGACACAGUUAGAUUUUCUACGUCACAAACCCAAGCUCCGCCCCGACGCCCCGCUCUACAGGCGGACUCUAAGAAGUAAAGAGGACGAUCAGAGAACAAGCGUGUUUGUUUGUUAGCGGGUUAAAAUGAUGGUAAGAAAGUUAAUUAUGAUUUCAACUUUAAUCACGUCCACAAAGACGUCAGUGUCCCUGAGCUAAAAUAACCUGAUGUUACCUGCUUCUUCUACGACAUCGGUAAUGUUCGGCUACCUGCUAACAUGAAGAGGUGUGGUCAGAGCAGCGCUGACUCCGCCCACAACUCAGAGGUGAAUUACUAAUGAGCUGCUGGAGCUCUGCAGAAGAAAAGACCUUAAUAAUGACAAAGGAGACGAGAUUUUGGCGAAAAACUUUAUAAUCAUAAUUAAAGACCACACACACACACAGUUAUGAUUGGGACUUAAAUCAGAUUUUUAAUGAAAUAAUCUUUUAUGAACUAAAUUUUCAAAACAGUUUUUAAGAGGAUAUUUUUAUUAUUUUGGUUAAACCUGUUUAAGAAAAACCUUUAGAGAAUUUUUUUAAUUAACUACAUUUUUUAUGUUUUAAAUAAACCAGUUUUAAAUCAAAUAUGAUUUUUUUAGUAUAAUAUUGAUCCUGUUUUAAAUGAGAUGUUUUUAUUAUGAUUCUUAUUUUAGCUAAUCCACCUUUUAAAAUUAAAUCUCGUUUUUUUUCCUUUUGUUCUCAGUUUUUUCGUUUUUUGUCGUUUUUUUCUCGGUUUUUACCUUUUUCCGUAUUUUUUACUUAAUUUUCGUUCAUUUUAAUUUUUGUCGUUUUUUUUAUAUGUCUUUUUUUUCAUUUUUGUCGUUUUUUGUCGUGUUUUUCCGUCUGUUUCCGCCUCUCUCUCUCCUCUGUUUUUAUCCCGGAAAUCCUCCUGCCGCCGUGACGUCACAGCUCUUCCGGUCUCCACCCGUUGUUCGCAGCCAUGAUGGUGAGUUUCUCUCUUUUCUCUCCUUUUCCCGUCCUCUCGGUUCGGUACCGGACUCCGGGGCUCCGCCGGGGUUCUGGGGUUUCCCCGGGGCCCCGGAGGUCCGUGUUCUGGUCCGUGUUUGCGGUGUUUCCGGUGGACUAACGGCUCUGUCUGUGUCCCCGCAGCAGGAAGGACUGGACGACGGACCCGACUUCCUCUCCGAGGAGGACCGGGGGGUGAGAGAGAGAGAGAGAGAGAGUGAGAGAGAGAGAGAGAGAGAGAGAGGCUGUGUGUUUACCUGAGAGACUGCUGCACACCUGUCCGUGUGUGUGUGUGUGUGUGUGUGUGUGUGUGUGUGUGUGUGUGUGUGUUGUCCAGCUGUUAGCAUCAGCUGUGAUAGCUAACAUUAGCCUCAUGCUAACGGGUUCAGGGUGAGUCCCGGUUCCGGUCCCGGUGGUUAAACCGGUCCUCCAGGUCUGGACCCGGACUCAGCUGCAGGCCGUUAGCUCCACAGGCUAACAGGGUUAGCAUCAGAGAGAGGAGGUUCCGAUUCUGAACGAGUGUGUGUGUGAUUAAUGUUCUGGACUGUCAGGCUGUCACAUGACUGUCACACUCACACACACACACACUCACACUCUCACACACACACACACACACACACACACACAUACACUCUGAUGUUGUUGUAGUUCAGAGUAAAUCAGACAGAGUGAGACCUCUCUGUUUCUCUGAUAAUCUCAGAUUUAAACCUGAAGUCAAACUAAAAACACGUCAGAGCAGGUUAAAGGGGGAGGAGCCACAGAAAAACUCUUCUAAUAUCAGUCAAUAGUUAUUAGUUAUUGAUUAUUUGGUAAUAUAUCGAUAUCUCUGUGUUCUCUUCUGUCUGUGUCAUCAACAUUUGAACAUUUUUGAGCGGUCCGCUCUUUCUGACUGUAAACAAAGCCGUUCUCCACCUCCUCUAACCUGAUUGGUUGUGAGGCAGACGCUGCUCCCCCGUGUCGUUCAGGAGCCCAAACAAAGUUAGCGUGCUACAAUAUCGGACAGUAGAAACCAACCAGAAAGUUCGGAAAAUUGUCUGAAUCCUCCUUUGGCCACGACUGCCGACACAAGCAAGAAAACAAAGUAAAUACCGGAGACUCUGGAGGAAUAACGGGCGCUUAAAAAUAUCUGAAUUUAACUGGAACGAUACGAGCGAGCAGGAGCGUCUGUUUGUGGGCGGGGCUUAAGAGAGGGAGGGGAGGAGCUGAGGGGAAAACUGGUUGGAGGGGUAGAUUUACAUUCAAGGUUUCUCCUAAAAACUGGAACUAACUCAGAUCCUGAACUACAACAGCUUUAACGGAGCCUGAGGAGGACAAACAAGAAAACCGUUUGUAGAGAAACUCUCUGAGGAAGUUUCUUCAAGAAGUCAAAGAUGAAGAACAAAAACAGAUCAUGUUUUAUUUCUCCACAUGUUAAAACUCUUGGUGGUUCUGGUCCAGCUGCCUCUUAGGGGUCUGAUUCUGGCCCCUCCAGACUGUCAGCUGCAGAUGAGACGAUCAGAGAGGUCCUGGUCAUGUGGAGGUCACAUGACCGUCAGGAGUCUGGUCUCUGUUGGAGGAGGGAGGACCACAUGAGAAACUGUUGGACUUCACGGCUCAGAUAAAAACAGGAACAGCUCAGCGUUUCACAGAACCGGGUCCUGAAUGUUCUGUCAGACCGUGGAGACCAGUCUGAGGAGGAUUCAGGUCCUCCUGAAGUCCUCCUGAAGUCCUCCUGAAGUCCUCCUGGUGUCAGAGGAAAACAGAAGAAUAGAAAACGAAAGAAGAGAAACGAUCCAAAGUCUCUAAAUGAGAAUUUAAAACAGACAUCAGCUGAUGGAGGACAGAGAGACAGAGAGGUCAGAGGUCAGGAGUGUGACUCUGAGACAGAGACAGGUUCGGUGUCUGUUCUUCAGUUGGAGUGGUGCAUUCUGGGAUAUGUGGUUUCUGUGUUUCUUUCUUAGCCGAGGGCCGUGAAUGUGGAUCUGCAGACGGACGCCACUCUGCAGGUGGACAUCUCUGACGCUCUGAGCGAGAGAGACAAGGUCAAGUUCACCGUCCACACCAAGGUGAGAGGGUGAGGGGGUGAGGGGGUGAGGGAGGGGGUGAGAGGGUGAGGGAGGGAGGGAGGGAGUGAGAGGGUGAGGGGGUGAGGGAGGGAGUGAGGGGGUGAGGGAGGGAGGGGGUGAGGGAGGGGGUGAGAGGGUGAGGGAGGGAGAGAGGGGGUGAGGGAGGGAGGGAGUGAGGGGGUGAGGGGGUGAGGGAGGGAGUGAGGGGGUGAGUGUAUAUGUGUGUGUCAUGUCUGCAUCCCUCGUGGCUCUUUACUAAGAUCAUCCGAACUCUCGUGUCUCGUUUUGUCUCGUUUCGUCUCAUGUCCUUCUGGAUCAGCUGAUCCUGAUUGGAUGUUUUCGUCUCAUUAUACGAUAUCUCUCAUAUCUUCCCUCAGAGCCACGCCCCUUUCCUCCUGCUGACCUCCUCUUAUUGGACGUGUUCUCCUCAUGAACUCGUCUUUUUUUGUUUCCUGUCCUCCUUCCUCGUCUCCUCUCAUCUCGUCCUGCCUAAACUCUCACUCUCUCCCUCGUCUCCUCUGUCCUUCUCUGGGACCUUCUCUCUUUAACCUGGAACAGUUGAAGCCCCUCCCCCCGCUGACCUGAUGAUGCACUUCCUGUCUCCACAGAGCACGCUCCCUAACUUUAAGCAGAACGAGUUCUCGGUGGUCCGACAGCAUGAAGAGUUCAUCUGGCUGCACGACUCCUUCGUGGAGAACGAAGAAUACGCCGGAUACAUCGUAAGAACACGAAAAAAACACACAAAGACACACUCUGACUUUACCUGGGCGUCUGUUCACUAAUUAGAAACUGUUGUCAUGGCGACGCAGAUCCCCCCCGCCCCCCCUCGACCAGACUUUGAUGCGUCCAGAGAGAAGCUGCAAAAACUCGGAGAAGGAGAGGGGUCCAUGACCAAGGAGGAGUUCACCAAGAUGAAGCAGGAGCUGGAGGCGUGAGUCACUCACCUGAGCCCCGCCCACAACACACCUGAGAACCGCCCACAACACACCUGAGCCCCGCCCACAACACACCCGAGCCCCGCCCACAACACACCUGAGCCCCGCCCACAACACACCUGAGCCCUGCCCACAACACACACCUGAGCCCCGCCCACAACACACCUGAGCCCCGCCCACAACACACCCGAGCCCCGCCCACAAUACACACCUGCGCCCCGCCCAUUACACACACAUGAGCCCCGCCCAUAACAUGCCUGAGAGCCCGCCUACAAAACAACUGAGCCCCUCAUAACACACCUGAGCCCCGCCCACAACACACCUGAGCCCCGCCCACAACACACCUGAGCCCCGCCCACAACACACCUGAGCCCCGCCCACAAUACACACCUGAGCCCCGCCCAUAACAUGCCUGAGAGCCCGCCCACAACACAACUGAGCCCCUCAUAACACACCUGAGCCCCGCCCACAAUACACCUGAGCCCCGCCCACAACACACCCGAGCCCCGCCCACAAUACACACCUGAGCCCCUCAGAGUACACCUUAGUCCUGCCUAUAACACACCUGAACUCGGCACAGCACACCUGUGGGAGGGCCACACCUGUGGGAGGGACACACCUGAGCCCCUCCCACAGGUGUGCCCCUCCCACAGGUGUGCCCCUCUCACCUGUGGUCUGUCUCUCCCCUCAGAGAGUACCUCGCCAUCUUUAAGAAGACCGUGGCGAUGCAUGAGGUCUUCUUGUGUCGCGUCGCCGCUCACCCCGUCCUCAGGAAAGACCUGAACUUCCACGUCUUCCUGGAGUAUAACCAGGACGUAAGUGUCCGCCCACUCACCUGUCCUGUUUACAUCAGCGUUACCUGUCCAUGCUGACUCAGGGCUUCUGUCUGUGACCUUUGACCUCUCUCCUGCACAGCUGAGCGUUCGAGGGAAGAACAAGAAGGAGAAGUUGGAGGAUUUCUUUAAGAACGUGGUCAAGUCGGCCGACGGCGUCCUGGUGGCCGGAGUCAAGGUGACGAAAACGUCUACAUCUUCUUCGUUUCUUCUUCUUCUUCUUCUGCCGUCUCUGAUCCUGUUUCCUGUUUCCUGUUUGUCGUGGUCGUGUUUUUCAGGACGUGGACGAUUUCUUCGAACACGAGAAAACGUUUCUGUUAGAGUAUCACAACCGAGUCAAAGACGCCUCCGCCAAGUCCGACCGGAUGAUCCGCUCACACAAAAGUAAGAAAACCACCAGGUGAGAAGGUCGCUGUGACACAGGUGCAUCAUGGGACCUGAAUCAAACCUGUGUCUGUGUGUGUGUGUGUGUGCGUGCGUGCGCGUUCAGACGCUGCAGACGACAUCAACAGAAUCGCCUCGUCUCUCUACACGUUAGGAACGCAGGACUCCACUGACCUCUGCAAGUAAGAACUCCUUCACCCUUUCACUUCCUCCACACUUUGAUGACAUCACUUCCUGCUGUUGAUCUACUUCCUGUGUGUGCUGUUGCAGGUUCUUCCUGAAGGUCUCGGAGCUGUUUGAGAAGACGAGGGUACGUAUGUUUGUCUCAGGACGUCUCUGAAGUCUCUGUGAGGACUCAGAAGAGCAGCUGAACUUUUCUCUUUGUGUUCCUGCAGAAGAUCGAAGCUCGAGUCGCAGCGGAUGAAGACCUGAAGCUCGCCGACCUGCUCAAAUAUUACCUGAGAGAGUCACAAGCUGCAAAGGUCUGAUUUCCCACGGUCACUGAAAGCAUCACGGCUCAUCAGAGCUCAGAUUCACUCAUUCACCUCCUGACCUCUGGAUCAGUGUCCCUCUGUCUGUCUCUGUAGAUCAUCUCCAAACUCUUCCACCAAUCAAAGAGCAGGGAGUCUAACCAAUCAGCUGUCUGAACACUGAGAUCAGCUGAUCAAAUCAAUCAGGGCUACUGUGCUGCUGAUUGGUGGAAGAAAAUCCUGCAGCGACACCGACUCUGAGUGGAAGAGUUUGGAGAUGUCUGCUGUAGAACGUACGGUCUAACACUAUUACAUACUAACACAUACAGAACACAAACAAGUACAUACUAACACAUACACAACACAAACAAGUACAUACUAACACAUACACAACACAAACAAGUAUAUACUAACACACAAAGAACACACUAGUACAUACUAACACAUACACAACACAAACAAGUACAUACUAACACAUACACAACACAAACAAGUACAUACUAACACAUACACAACACAAACAAGUAUAUACUAACACACAAAGAACACACUAGUACAUACUAACACAUACACAACACAAACAAGUACAUACUAACACACUAAGAACACACACUAGUACAUACUAACACAUACACAACACAAACAAGUACAUACUAACACACAAAGAACACACUAGUACACUAACACACUAAGAACACACACUAGUACAUACUAACACAUACACAACACAAACAAGUACAGUCUAAAACUAGUACAUACUAACACAUACACAACACAAACAAGUACAUACUAACACACUAAGAACACACUAGUACAUACUAACACACUAAGAACACACUAGUACAUACUAACACAUACACAACACAAACAAGUACAUACUAACACACAGAGAACACACACUAGUACAUACUAACACAAAGAACACACACUAGUACAUACUAACACACUAAGAACAAACACUAGUACAUACUAACACAUAAAGAACACACACUAGUACAUACUAACACACUAAAGAACACACACUAGUACAUACUAACACACUAAGAACACACACUAGUACAUACUAACACAUAAAGAACACACACUAGUACAUACUAACACACUAAGAACACACACUAGUACAUACUAACACACUAAGAACACACACUAGUACAUACUAACACACUAAGAACACACACUAGUACAUACUAACACACUAAGAACACACACUAGUACAUACUAACACACUAAGAACACACUAGUACACUAACACAUACACAACACAAACAAGUACAUACUAACACACAAAGAACACACACAAGUACAUACUAACACACAAAGAACACACACUAGUACACUAACACACUAAGAACACACAAGUACAUACUAACACAUAAAGAACUCACACUAGUACAUACUAACACACAGAGAACACACUAGUACACUAACACAUACACAACACAAACAAGUACAUACUAACACACAAAGAACACACUAGUACAUUCUAAGUAUUCAUUUAUAGGGUGUCAGUUUUUCUCGUCGUUCUGACCCACUCUCUCUCUCUCUCUCCCUCUCUCUCUCUCUCUCGCUCUCUCUCUCUCACCCGAUGAAUUUCUGUCGUUGUGCGGAUCAGAAGUUUGUGUUAGUGGGUCACUGAGAUUGCCCCCCCCAGUAAACAGAGUUCUGGUUCUGAGGAUGGUUCUGGUCCGGGUCGGUUACUGUGAUCUGACUGACACACAGACAGUGGAGAAGGUCAUUUCAUCCUGUACAGUCUAGAUGUUGUGUCGUGGCAUCUAUGUUAUAUUGUCUAUGUUUAACCCUCACCUCUCUCACAUAUUGAUCAGUUAUUUCCCAUCGAUUUCCUCUGAUCAUUCUGACCCGGUCAGAGUCGUUACCAGGAGAAGAGGUGAGGUUUGUUGUCCAUCUCUGCGUCAGGAGAACAUCUUUAGGUCGAUGGUUCAUGUUUCUUUAGAGGGUCAGAAUCAGGAUGUAAGAUCUUUGUGGAGUGGGUUUCAACAUCUCCUGGAUCUCCAAACAUCCUCUGAAUGUAGAAGGAGGACCUCCAGACGCUCAGCUGGAGACCUGCAGGUCUGAGAACCAGGGAGCUCCUGUCAGUCCAAAGGGAACUAAAGAUCUAGUCCCUCUCAGACAGACCCUUGAGGAGGUCUAGUUCUUCUCUUACAGUCCUGAUCUGAUCUGUGAUGUUCUGACCCGUUUAGGACCUGCUGUACCGGAGGAGCCGGGCUCUGGUGGACUACGAGAACGCCAACAAAGCUCUGGACAAAGCCCGGGCCAAGAACCGAGACGUCCUUCAGGCCGAGACCAGCCAACAGCUGUGCUGCCACAAGUUCGAGAAGAUCUCCGAGUCCGCCAAGCAAGGUCAGCGACCGGGUCACACCUGAAGACCUGUGUGUCUGUGUGUGUGUCUGUGUGUGUGUGUGUGUGUGUCUGUGUCUGUGUGUCACACUCACAGCUCCUCUCUUCUCUCUCAGAACUCAUCGACUUCAAAACGAGACGAGUCGCUGCGUUCAGGAAGAACCUGGUGGAACUCGCCGAGUUGGAGCUCAAACACGCCAAGGUAACGAAUCUGAGCACAACACCGUCUGCUGCUCUGAGACGACCAACCCAAUCACAUCUGACUCCGCCCCCUCUCUAAUAACCAGUAUCUGACUCCGCCCCCUUUAAAAAAAGACCAGUAUCUGACUCCGCCCCCUUUCUAAUAACCAGUAUCUGACUCCGCCCCCUUUCUAAUAACCAGUAUCUGACUCCGCCCCCUCUCUAAUAACCGUUGUCUGACUCCGCCCCCUCUUUCUGAUAACCAGUAUCUGACUCCGCCCCCUUUCUAAUAACCAGUGUCUGACUCCGCCCCUCUUCCUGCAGGGAAACCUUCAGCUGCUGCAGAGCUGUCUCGGCGUCCUGAAAGGAAACACUUAACCGUGAAGCUCCUCCUUCAUCAAAACCAGACACGCCCCUUCGCUACAGCCCCGCCCCUGAAACUGGACACACCCACUGAGGGGCGGAGCCCAGGCGGACGGACGAUCAACACUGAGAACUAUGGACCAGAGAGAGAGAGAGAGAGAGAGAGAUCAGUGGGUUAAAGAGACAGGAAGUCUUCAUCAUCAGUCAGCAGACGCCGUCCUCUUCAUCUUACUCUUCCUUCCUUCCUUCCUUCCUUUCUUUCCUCCUUUCCUGUCUCCUUCUCUCUCACUCAGCAGAACCUUUCAGGUUCUGGUUCUGACCUGUUCAAGUUCUGCUGAGUGACGCUCUCAUUAACUCCUUCAUCAUCUUUGUCAUCAGAACCUCAGAGCAGUUUGAGUUUGGACCUGCAGGAGGCGCUCCUGACCCGUUCACUGACCCGUUCACUGACCCGUUCACUGACCCGUUUACUGACCCGUUAAAAACCUGAGACAGUCAGGUGACCUCAGUCAGUCCAGUCAUGGGGGUCUGUUGGUCAGACUGAGACCAGAGAAACCCGAAGAGCUGAGUCUGAGCAGAACCUCAACAAGUGAAGCUCAUCAGAACCAGAACCAGAACCAAACACACUAAUCUACAUCAACACAGAGACCAGAACUCCUCAGAGUCUUUCAGGAGCUCCAAUCAGACCAGAACCACUGAAUCAGGGUCAGAACUCUGAAGAGAACCGACCCGCAUAGUUUCCUGAAUCCAGACUUAGUUCUGGACCUGACCCGCUUUAUGAUCCAGAUUAAGAGGUCCACUUUGGUUUAGAGGGUUCUACUGAGGCCGUCUAUCUGGACCUGUCCAGUACCAGUGACAAAGACCGGUUCAGUGUGGAGACUAGGAACUGGACAGGGAGUCCAGAACCAGUUCAAAAGUUCUGCUGUCCCCCCUGAAGUCAGGAGGAUUUCACACCUGUUUAAGGACCCGGACUCUGACCUGGACUCUGACCCGGACUCUGACCCCGACUCUGACCCGGACCCGGACUCUGACCCAGACUCUGACCCGGUCUCUGAUACUCUGAGGGUUCUAGAGUCCAGCAGGAUCAGUCCGGUCCAGUUUUCACUCUUUCAUUUCUGUUUCUUUCUCCUCUUCUGUCUGCGCUCUUAUUUUGGCGGUCUGUGUGUGUGUGUGUGUCUGUGUGUGUGUGUGUGUGUGUGUGUGGUGAACUUCCUGUUGUGUGACGGCGUUGAGAGUCCGGUUCUGGUUCCGUUCUUAGACGGUGUAAAGUCACUAAAUAAAGACGAGUUUAUCUUUGUAAUAGUUAACGAAUCAACACUAAUCGUCAUCCUCCUCCUCCUCCUCCUCCUCCUCCUCCUCCCUCUCCUCCUCCUCCUCCUCACUAACAGCAGCCCGUGCUCCUCUUUCCUCCUCCUCCUCCUCCUCCUCUCUCCUCCUCCUCCUCCUCACUAACAGUAGCCCGUGCUCCUCUCUCCUCCUCCUCCUCCUCCUGCUCCUCCUCCUCUCCUCCUCCUCUCCUCUCCUCCUCCUCCUCCUCCCUCUCCUCCUCCCUCUCCUCCUCCUCCUCCUCCUCCUCUCCUCUCUCCUCCUCCUCCUCCUCGUCUCAGCGGUUGUUGACGGUGGACUUUCGUCUGUUUGCCUUAAACGUCGAUCAGUCGCUCCGUUGUUCGAUUUCCUGUAAAGAAAUUAAAUUGUGUCCUUCUCCUCCUCUUUCUCCUCUUUCUCCUCCUUCUCCUCCUCUUUCUCCUCUUUCUCCUCCUCCUGCUCCUCCUCCUCCUCCUCCUCCUUUUUUAAAGUUCACUGUAUACGAAUGUUUUUUCACUCUUAUGUGACCAAAGCUUCCAUUUCUGAUUCAACAAAAAGAGAAAAUCAAAGUGAAGAAGAAAAUAAAGACGGUCUGUAAUCCACCUGGUCAAACUGAGACUGAAUAAAACUUUACGGACACUUUUCUUAAACUCCUCCGAC